UACCGCAUGCACGUGCGCAGUCAUCGGCACCCCUCUGCCUCCAAUGAUUUCCUUUUGAGUUUAUUCUGCUCUUGGAAUGUUCCAGACUUCAGAGAACAGAGACAGCGCUUGUACAAGUUGUACUUGCAAAGGGCGCUAGAAACGUGCAAAAAGCCGAAAGCGACAUACAAGUUUUGAUACAGGUACCUGAAUGUUAAUUACACUACUUCGGGGUGUGCAACUUACAAUCAGUACCCAUGAUAUGCAUGUAUGUGGCGUCAAUCGACCAAACAGCUGCCUGCUUUUUUUUGCCUUGAUCUUUUAAUGCCGCAGUACGCAGCCGCAGUACCUGGAGAGAGCGCCACAGUAUUCCCUCCUUGCAUUUGCGAACUCACCCAUUGAAUAAUCUUUGACAUCUCUACUUGCACCACCACUAGCCCUCAAUGAUCAUACCAGAGAAGCAGCCCCAGAAUGAGUAUGCCGAGGUGGAAGAGGCCGGGAAAGAUCAAACAGAGGCGGCGAAUAACGCCAUGGAUGAUGCACCACCUCCAUCGUAUUCAACACACGUGCAGCACACAUCAAGUUCGGGUUCCACGGUGUUUCAACCUCCUUCCAAGCCUACCAAUUUUCUUUCACUUAUACUCAAGGAUAAACCUAUACGAGGCUGUUAUGUGAUCGACCCUCAGAUGGAAAUACCCCUUAAUCUGCUUCCUCCACUGGUUACUGGAGAAACAGAUCAGGAAAGGAAAAAUCUGUACCUUCGUACAAAGGACGGGAGAGUGGUAGGCCGCACUACGCUCUCGCUAAGUUCCGACGAUGGAAGCAUCACGGCCAAGAUUAACACAGUCAAGGUCGUUGCACCAUUCCUGUUGGACAUUUAUUCACGCGAUGGACGAGUAACCGUCCUCUUACCUCGGUCAUUCCACGGUUCGCUUCUCCUGACCACCAGGCACAGUACAAAGCUUUCCGACGACCUUCUGCAACAGAGCACCAUGUUAAGCACUGUUGAGCAUACGCGGCGAUAUUUCGUCGGUGACGUUUCGCAUCGAGUGUUUGGCAACGAUUGGAAUGGGGACGAGCUCAAGGUUGUGUCUCGAGACGGCAGGAUUAUAAUCAGAUACAAAGAUGAGGCAGAGCUACCGAAAAUUGGAUUCUUCAGUCGAAUAUUCAGCAGCUAGAUCAAUGACGCGCUUAUACGAAUACUUAGAGAGGCCAGUGAUUAUGUGUACUGAUUCAAAUUGAAUGGCACAGGCCACGGCUAGUGGCGGCUGACCGUUAUGAUCACGGAACUGCCUCGGAGGAAAUCUCCCCACGCACGGUGGCAGAUAAUCACUUCCGAGAUCCGAUGAUCAUCUCCGACUCAGAUCGGCAU